AUGGAUGGCCAGCUCCUGCCGGUGCUGGUGCUACUACUCGGGGCCUCAGGCCUGUGCGAACAGGGGCUGGGGCCUGGGGGUCCCUUGGAGGAGCCCCCAGAGGAGAAGCCCCCUGAGGAGAAGCCCCCAGAGGAGAAGCCCCCUGAGGAGAAGCCCUCCGAGGAGGAGCCCCUGGAGGAGGAUAGGGUCUUGGUGCUGAGCCAGCAGACCCUGGGCCAGGCCUUGCAGGAGCACCCAGCCCUGCUGGUGGAAUUCUAUGCCCCGUGGUGUGGGCACUGCAGGGCCCUGGCCCCUGAGUACAGGAAGGCGGCCGCCCUGCUGGCAGCAGAGUCAGCCAGAGUCACACUGGCCAAGGUGGAUGGGCCCGCGGAGCCAGAGCUGGCUGAGGAGUUUGCGGUGACAGAGUACCCCACGCUCAAGUUCUUCCGAGACGGGAACCGCACACACCCGGAGGAGUACACUGGCCCCCGGGAGGCCAAGGGCAUCGCUGAGUGGCUGCGGCGGCGGGUGGGGCCCAGCGCCAGGCGGCUGGAGGACGAGGAGGACGCUCGCGCACUCAUGGACGCCCAGGAUGUGGUGGUCGUCGGCUUCUUCCAGGACCUGCAGGACAGGGACGUGGCUACCUUCCUGGGCCUGGCCCAGGACGCUCUGGAUAUGACCUUUGGCCUCACUGACCGGCCGCAGCUCUUUCAGAAGUUCGGCCUCACCAAGGACACGGUGGUCCUCUUUAAGAAGUAUGACGAAGGGCGGGCGGACUUCCCAGUGGACAAGGAGCUGGGCCUGGACCAGGGGGACCUGUCUCGCUUCCUGCUCACGCACAGCAUGCGCCUGGUCACAGAGUACAGCAGCGAGACGUCCUCGAAGAUCUUUGCGGCCAGGAUCCUUAACCACCUGCUGCUGUUCAUCAACCAGACGCUGGAUGCCCACCGGGAGCUGCUGGCAGGCUUCCGGGAGGCGGCUCCCCAUUUCCGGGGGCAGGUGCUGUUCGUGGUGGUGGACGUGGGCGCCGACAAUGACCACGUGCUCCAGUACUUUGGCCUCAAGGCCCAGGAGGCCCCCACCCUGCGCUUCAUCAACAUCGACACCACCAAGAAGUACGCACCAGAGCAUGGGGCACCGGUCACCGCUGCCACCAUCACAGACUUCUGCCGCGCGGUCUUGGGUGGAGGGAUCAAGCCCUAUCGCUUGAGCCAGGAGGUCCCCCCAGACUGGGACCAACGGCCAGUCAAGACCCUCGUGGGCAAGAAUUUUGAGCAAGUGGCUUUUGAUGAGACCAAGAACGUGUUUAUCAAGUUCUAUGCCCCGUGGUGCACCCACUGCAAGGAGAUGGCCCCAGCCUGGGAGGAGCUGGCCGAGAAGUACAGGGACCACGAGGACGUCGUCAUCGCCGAGCUGGACGCCACAGCCAACGAGCUGGAGGCCUUCCCUGUGCACGGUUUCCCCACCCUCAAGUACUUCCCAGCAGGGCCCGGUCGGAAGGUGAUUGACUACAAAGGCGCCAGGGACCUGGAGACCUUCUCCAAAUUUCUGGACAGCGGGGGCGAGCUGCUCGCAGAGGAGCCUGCGGAGGUGCCUGGAGCCACCUUCCCGAAGCCAGCAAACACCACAGAACCCAGGGACGAGAAGCCAGGAAACACCACGGAGCCCAGGGAUGAGCUAUAG